AUUCAGUGUGACAUUUCCUGGGCAUCUGGCUUGACUAAGCUCUCUAGCGAGCCCUAGCCCUAUAUGGUUAAUAGUGUGCAUUCAGCCCCCAUGUCUUUUAUAUUAGAUAUAAGCAGCUGCAGAGCACUUUCCCUGUCUCUGACAGGCCCUGAAGACGUUGAAUCCUGCCAACUCUUACAGGUUCAUGGGGACGGAAGCCUAUGCGGAGAGCAUUGACAGGACCAUGAUGUACUAUGGGCUGCCAUUUAUCCAAGAAGCCGAUUUUCCCUUCAACAAUUACCUUGCCAGCCUAGACACUCUUUCUGGGAACAGUGUGUAUGAGGUUAUCACAUCCUGGAUGGAAAACAUGCCAGAAGGAAGAUGGUCUAAUUGGAUGAUUGGUGGACCAGACACUGUCCGGCUGACUUCUCGUUUGGGGAACGAAUAUGUCAACAUCAUGAACAUGCUUCUUUUAACACUCCCUGGAACUCCCAUAACUUACUAUGGAGAAGAAAUAGGAAUGGCAAAUAUUUUACCCACAAAUCUCAAUGAAAGCUAUGAUACUAAUACCCUUCUCUCCAAGUCACCAAUGCAGUGGGACAAUAGCUCAAAUGCUGGUUUUUCUGAAGGCAAUCACACCUGGUUACCCACCAAUUCAGAUUACCACACCGUGAAUGUUGACGUCCAAAAGACUCAUCCUGGAUCAACAUUGAAGUUAUAUCAAGAUUUAAGUCUACUUCAUGCCAAUGAGCUGCUCCUUAGCAGAGGCUGGUUUUGCAAUUUGAGGAAUGACAGCCACUAUGUUGUAUAUACAAGAGAGCUGGAUGGCAUAGACAGAAUCUUUAUUGUGAUUCUGAAUUUUGGAGAAUCAACACUGCUAAAUCUACAGGAAAUCAUUCCAGGUCUUCCUGAAAGAGUGAGAAUAAGAUUAAGUACCAAUUCGGCUUACAAAGGCAGUGUAGUUGAUACAAGUGGCAUUUUUCUGAACAAGGGAGACGGACUCAUCCUGGAACACAACACAAAGAAUCUCCUUCACCACCAAACAGCUUUCAGAGAUAGAUGCUUUGUUUCCAAUAAAGCAUGCUAUUCCAGUGUAUUGAACAUAUUGUACAGCUUGUGUUAGGCACCUCUAUGAAAGAGAUGAAGACACUGGCGUUCUGUCACAAGCAUUUGCAGUAACUUCAUGUAUAGCAUACUGCUGGGUAAACUUUAUGAACAGUCAUUAAUUCUGAGAUAUUUCUGUAGCUUGAAUAUAACUGCUUUAGGAAAGGUUCUCAAAUGUUUCUGAAAGAAUAAAAUGUUUAUAAG